GGCUCGUGUGACAUUUUCGGUUUCAUCGAUUACACCGCUACGACGAGUUUACCGCCGAACAAAAACAAAACAAAAGAAACGAAAGAAACACAUCGUGCGUGCAUGCAAGUUGACGGACGUUCAGUGAAGCUGCAAAAGUGAUACAGGUGUUUUGUGCUUCCUGAAAACUCGUUGGCAAGUGUUUUGUUUGUGCCGGAAAGCGACGAUGGAAGUCGGAAUGGAUGGUUUUGUGGUGCCAAACAUGCAGGCCUGGUUCCGGCAGAACAGCUUCAUCAGCACACCGGACAACGGCCUACUGUACCAUUCGCGAUCGGACGUAAACUACGUUGCCCCACUGGCCAAGGAUCAGAUGCCCCGGGUGAAGAUCAUCAGCCUCAAGUCCACAAUCAAAGCUUUAGCCUGUUCCCCGGAUUGGAGUGAAAGGCGCGAGUUCGCCACCUUCGAUGACCAGAACAACCUGCAGGUGUGGGACGUUGACCAGGAGGCGGCCACCAAGGGUCACAAAGGUCACAUGUACAAGCUCCGAGGCGGUGGCGGCGGCGAAAAUCGCGGCGGUCAAAGCAAUGAAGUGACCUCUGCCAUUUGCUUCACCCAGACGCAAAAGAUCAUCUCCUGCGAUCAUUCGGUGAUGGUGGUCUACUGUCUGUCGUCCGAUACGUUCAAAGUCUACGGGGAUUUCUUCAAACCGUACCAAACGGUGGUAGUGCUUUCGCCUUGUCCCACCAAUCGGGACGUUUUCGCCGCCGGAAUGAAGAAUGGGUUGAUCCAGCUGUUCUCGCUGCAGGAUAUGACCAUUUUGCGGAACAUGCGAGGACACGAUACGGAGAUUGUUUCCAUCGAUUGGAUGCAGGUCCGGGUCAAGUCGGAAGAGGCCAAGAAGACUAGCUGGCGGCAAGAAGAACGUCCAAUCAAGGAAGCUCGCAAGAAGGGUAACAGGGCUGCGGCAAAGUCAGCGAACGCUUCAGCCGUUGCGAACGCGUCCGCUGCCGCAGACAAUUCGGACAUUUUCGACAUCUACGAUUUCGACGACAGCAAGGAAGAGUUCGGCACUAUCAUCAACCGGGAGACGUCGAACUACGAUCAACGGGAUCGCUUCCGGGAUAAGGUUCACAAGACGGAGGGAUUCAACUUUUUGGAAGAAUGUCAGAGCUUGAAAAAGGAUCUGGCGGAAGCAAGACAGCGGGAAAAGGAACACCAGGAUGAUGACGAUGAUGACGUUGCCGAGGAUGCCGAAAGGUCACGCGAGAUGAACACCGACGACGAAGCUGAGCUGGACGAGGCGGAGAAAUUCCGGGACUUCAUUAUCGUCGACGAUCAAGGGCAGGAAGGGCCCGCGGAUGCCAAGAAUGAGGACGAGGAGGGAGAACCGAAGAUGAUUCUGGUGACGGGAAGUCGUGAGAAUGUGAUUUUCUUCUGGGAUCACGAGACGGGAGUGCCCGUGGAUAAAAUCAUGUUGGCCAGCAAUCAAAACUCGAACAAACGGCUGUUUCCGGGCAUAUUCAUUACGGUUGCGUGGGUGAAUCCGACCAAGAUUGUCGCCAAUAACGUGUCCGGACAUGUGUUCGAAUGGAAUUUGUCGUUCUUCUACCAGGGAUCCCGAAUACGGAUGACCGCCCACCAGGGCAUCCGCUAUCCCGUCGAUAUGGUGAUUUAUGUGACCCGGUCUUGCGGUCCCAUUGCGGACUACGACCCCAAUACUAACUACGUCUGGUGUCAAUCGAUCAACCGAAAGAUUAUCGGCGUGUCGGUCACCAAAAACCCGGAAAUCGUCGCCGAUCUCACUUGCCUUGCGACCGGAAACUCGUGCAUCACCGAGAAUCCUUUGGAAUCGACGGUUUUGGCCGUGGGAUGCGUCGAUCGGAAUUUGGUCACACUGAACCUGGCCAGUAUGGCGUACAACGAGGUGACCUGCGUUCGAUUCUUGAACAAGGUCUGCUCCAAAGUGACGGCGCUCGAUUGGCACCCGGAACGGGAGAACUACAUCGCGUUUGGGACGUCCGAGGGCCGGAUCGGCCUACUGGACACGAACAGUCCGAACAACGUUCCGACGCUGUUGAAUUCGUUCCUCUCGAAUGAUGUCUACUCGCUCAAGUGGUGUGAAAUGACGGAUGAGUUCUUCCAGAAGAGUACGGUGUUGUUCGCCACCGGGAAGGCCAAACUGGCGUAUUACAAGAUGAUCGGAGGUAGUAAGCACGACCCCAUCGAGCUGCGCCAGUUUGGAAUGGUUUCCAGCGUGUCGGCGUCUGGGCAUUAUUUGUUUGUCGGAACACAGGACGGAUUUGUGUUUGUUAACGAUCUCAGCAAGAGCUUGGCUCAACUCUACCAUCGUAACGUAUCCCGGCGGUACAUAAUCUCGAUGCAGUUCAAGGACAAUGUAUUGGCGGUAUCGUCGAAUGAGUGCAGCAUUCGGUUGAUCGACUUCAGCAACGGAAUAGACGAUAAAAUCGACGAUAACAUCAGGGUUCUGGAGGGUCAUACCGAAGGAGUUUGUUGUCUGCGAUGGGGCCACGGCGACAGCAAACUGCUCGUUUCCGGAAGUUUCGACAACACGGUCCGAGUGUGGAAUUCGGUGGACUGCAGUUGCCUGGCCCUGUACCGGAACACCGAUUCGGUGUUCUGUGCCAUGUUUUCUCCCAUUCACGACAACAUUGUGCUGUUAACCGGCAAAGGCACAACGCUGGCGUUCUUUGAUUAUACCAAAUACCCGGUGACUGAGGCUGCCUUAGCCAAAAAAACUCGCAUUCCAAUCAAGUGGGCAACCGAGGAGGGAAGAACCGACAAGAAAGCAUCACGAGAAAAGAAACGAGCCGGCAAGCCUUUGGAAGUGGUUCAAAAAUCACUCGAUACAUUUCAGAUCUCGGAGAAAGGGGUUACCUCUGCUGAUGCUUCCGUGGCGCCGGACGUUGUUCCGACCAUGGUAGUAAACGGACAAUCGAGUCAUGCCACAACCUCCAAAAAACAAGCUGAACCAGAAGCUAAACGAGCACCGGAAGUCGAUGAGCUGGCGGAGCAUUUGAAAACGAUCAAGUUCAAGGAGAUCAAACCGGUGGAGCUGAAAUCCAAUGUUCCGACCACGUUUCACCUGGCCAACAGGGAGAUUAACAAAACGUCCGAUGUGCUGGCCUGUUUAGUCAAAUUGAUCGACUACGAAGAACCGGACGAGGAUGAUUUGGAGGAGCAGGAGGACGAAGCCGAAAAGAAACAGCCAGUGCAGACCGAGGGCGCUAAAAAGCGAUACUUCAAUGAGAAGCUUUUCAUGAGCGAGAAAGAUCUGAAAGAACUGAUCGACGAGGAGACUAAGAAUCAUCACAUGGCCAAUACGGCAUCAAUCGGAGCAAUUCUGCUACCACAGAUUGGUUUCCGCUUGAAAGAGGAAAUCAUUCGGAGAAUUGCAUCCAAACGGCUCACGGAUCAACUGGUAGCUUUGGCGCCAUCCAUUUCCUACGAAUUUUGGCGAAAAGUUUGCGAGGCCUACGGCUAUCAGCUUCUAGAGAAGCAAUACCCCUUGGCAUCGAUUCCCUACUUUCUGGCUAGUCAUAAGAUAACCGAAGCCAUUGACUACCUCUGUAAGCACAAGUUCUUCCGCGAAGCGUUGGCCAUUUGCAAACUGCGGAAGGCCCGCGAUGAUCCCAUCCAGGAGCAAGUAGCCAUCGAGUGGGCCCAGUAUCUGGACAACUCCGGUAAUUUUGAGGGUGCUGCUCUGGUGUGGACCGCCGCCAAAAAGUACCAAAACGCCGUCACAGCGCUUUCGAAGCGGAAGGAAAUCACCGACGAAAUCCGAGGUGCCAUCGAUGCGCUGAAAGUGAAACUUCAGCAAACCACUGAGUAACAAGUGACCUGCAGUAUUCUAUAGGAAGGCUUAAACAAGCCAUUCUCUUUGAUAUUUUAUUCAAGAGUUAUGGAACGUUACCUCCAUUGUUUUUAUCAUAUUGAUACUGGCUAUGGCAGUGAUAACAGUAGAGUAGAUGUAGGCGAUUGAAAUGGAAAGCUAAAGUUAAUAAAAAAAUCUGUAUUUGUUAAAAAGUA